AUGGCAUUGGUUUUCACUAAACUUCAUGAAGCCAUUGGUGAGUAUCCAAAUCUUGUUAUCAUUUCUGAUCGCAAUGUUAGCAUAGAGAAUGUGUGGAACAAAGUUUUUCCAAGAGCGCAACAUGGCAUAUGCUUUUAUCAUAUGAAGGGGAACAUAAAACGCACUUGCAAGUUGAAAAAGCGUGAUCAAAUACUUAUGCACUUUGAGCAGGCUGCGAAAUCUUAUUCCAUUGCUGAGUUUGAUUGUCAUUUUCGGAAGAUCAAGAGAAAGGAACAUGUUGCUCAAUAUCUUGAACAGGCAGGGUUACAUAAGUGGUCUAGAGCUCAUAUGGAUGGACAUCGAUACAAUGUAAUGACAACAAAUAUUGCGAUGUCAAUAAACUCAGUCCUUAGGUUUGCAAGGAUGCUGCUAGUGGUUCAUUUGAUAAGGGAAAUUAUUAAUCUCCUUGUGAAAUGGUUCACCGAACGUCGUGAGUUGGCUAUGAAUUGCACAACAACAUUGUGCCCCAAUUUUGGCGAGAAGAAGUUGAGGAAUAGGUUGGAGGAUGCUGCAAGGAUGAAUGUCGUUAAACUAAAUAACGUACAGUUUAAUGUUUUGGGCGGUGAUAUAGACAGCCUCGUGGAUUUGACGAGCAACAGUUGUAGUUGUAGAAAGUUUCAGCUUGAGUAA